AUGCCUGCCCUCUCAGCACUCCUUCCGCUCGCUCUUCUGCCCGCCGCCUUUGCCGCGCCCGUCCAGCCCUCGCCACAGGCCGUUCACCUCGCCGGCUCGUCGCCCUCGUCGAACCUCCCUCUCGAGCAGCUCGUCAAGCGGGACUUGACCAAGCUCCUCAGCGCUCGCCAGCCUGUCAUCGAGGCCUCGUCGAACAAGAAGCGGAGUAACACCGUGCCCAUCACGAAUGUCAUCGCGAACGGACUCCAGAGGUUGCAGACGUUCGCGGGACCGCUGAAGGUUGGCACUCCCGCCCAGCAGCUUCCCGUCCUCUUCGACACAGGCUCGUCCGACCUCGUCCUCCUGUCCGCUUGCCUCGACGGAUGCCCGAACGGCUACUUCAAGGCGGACGCUUCCUCGUCCUUCGUGAACACGACUGACGAGACCGCCGAUGCGUACGGCGGCGGCGCGGUCCUGUACGGAAACGCCGCGUACGAGACCGUCCAGAUUGGCGACAUCACCGUCAAGAACCAGCGCUUCCUGGCUGCCACGGUUGGCGAGCUCACUGGCACGACCAACGCUGCGGGCGUGAUGGGUCUCGCUCCGAUCGUCAACCCUUACGCAGGCGUCGGCGGCGACUCGAACUGGCUCCAAGCCGCCGUCGCAGCUGGCUCGCUCCCCAGCAACGAGUUCUCGCUCUACUUCGGCCGUACGGCUGGAGCGGUGUCGGAGCUUGUGCUCGGCGGAGUCGACGCUGCGCAUGUUGAGGGAGAGGUCGUGUCGAUGCCGAGUGCGCCGGAGGGGGCUUUCACCUGGGGCGCCAACGUCGCCGGCACUUUCGUCAAUGGCAAGGAGGUCGACUCGACCGGCAUGGUCGCGGUUGUCGACUCUGGCACCGAAGUCAACUACUUCCCUCGCGCCGUCGCCGCUUCGAUCUAUGCCCAACUCAACGGCACGCUCCAGAACACGGAUCAACAAGCGGUCAUGGGCGGAGUCUACGACGUCGACUUCUACACCUUCCCGUGCAACUCGUCACUCCCCGUCGGCUUCUCCUUCGCCGAUGCGUCGUCGACCAGCCCGAUAUACAUGAAGCCUCAGGACGUCGCGUGGUUCACGUACUCGCGCUUGCCGAGCAAGUCGAAGGGGACGUGCGAGGGAGCUUUCGUCGGCGUCGACAUCAACUACCCCUUCACCGAGACGCCUGCCGCUCUCCUUGGACUGCCCUGGCUCAAGUCGUUCACAUCCGUCUACUCGUUCGGCGCCGACGGCAACUCGCCCUCGGUCUCGUUUGCCGCCAGCAAGUAG